AUGGCAGGAGAAGUUCGCCAACCUAUAGACGUACCUUCAUUGGCGCGCUACCUUGACCAAAAUGUGCCCGAGGUCAAGACACCGAUAGAGAUCAAACAGUUUGGCUUCGGUCAAUCAAACCCCACGUACCAACUAAUCACCGCCGAUGGACGCAAACUUGUCCUCCGAAAGAAACCCCCAGGCAAACUCCUGUCAAAGACGGCCCACCGGGUCGAUCGAGAAUACCAGAUCAUCAAAGCUUUGGGAAGCACCAAUGUCCCCGUACCCGAGGCUCUUUGUCUCUGCGAGGAUAGCAAUGUCAUCGGCACUCCGUUCUACAUCAUGGAAUUCCUGGACGGUCGACACUUUGUUGACCCCACGAUGCCUGGAGUGAGUCCAGAAGAACGCACGGCAUUAUGGAAAUCCGCGGUGGAAACCCUAGCCAAGUUUCACUCAGUCGUCCCACAGUCCGUCGGACUCGAAAAGUUCGGCAAAUCCUCAGGAUUCUACGACCGACAGAUUGCGACAUUCACAGCUGUCUCUCAGGCUCAGUCCGAAGUUCUUGACAAAGACACCAAAGAACCCGUUGGUGAAUUGCCCCAUUUCAAAGAUAUGGUCAAUUUCUUUUCCCAAAAGUCCACCCAGCCUCGCGACCGAGGCACCCUCGUGCACGGCGACUACAAAAUCGACAACAUGAUCUUCCAUAAGACCGAGCCGAGAGUGAUUGGUAUCUUGGACUGGGAAAUGGCCACGGUGGGACACCCCUUGUCCGACUUGUGCAACUUGACCAGUCCGUACGUUAUGGACGGGGCCGAGAACUCCAAGGACGAAUUCCAGCCCGGCCGGGUUCCAGGCCUGCCUCGGCGCGAAGACUGCGUUCGCUGGUAUGCCGCGGUUUCGGGAUAUAACCCUGCCGAUGAUAUGCUUUGGGGUGAUGCGUUCUUCGCUUUUCGAGCGUCGGUCAUCAUGCAGGGUAUUGCGGCGCGAUAUGCCGCUCGCCAAGCGAGUAGUGCUCGAGCUGCGGAGUAUGGAAGUCGAGCAAAACCUUUUGCUUUGGAGGCAUGGGGCCGUGUCAAGCAGGUUCAAGACUUGUCGCGUCAGAAGAGUCAGAAGAGCAAGCUAUAG